AUGACUGAGGGAAGCACAGUAACUCUGACCUGCAUGAGUGAAGCUGACCCACCAGUACACACAUACACCUGGAUCAAGAAGAGUGGAGCUGUAGAACUGAAGUCAGGAAAGGAGAAGACACUCAUCUUCAGCAAGAUCCGUUCUGAGGACCGUGGAGAGUAUCUCUGUCAAGCAGCCAACAGGAUUGGUCAACAGGACUCUCCUGCUGUGUCUGUCCAGGUUUCAUAUCGCCCAAAGAAAACAACAGUUUCAUUUUCUCAUGAUAGUGUUAUUGCCAUGGGCAACACAGUGACUCUGACCUGCAGCAGUGAUGCCAACCCACCAGUGGAGAUCUACACCUGGUUUAAGGUGGGUGAGUCCACUCCAGUAGGUUCAGGACAGCAGUACAGCAUCACUGACAUCAGCUCUGAGGAUGGAGGACAGUACUACUGUGAGGCCCGGAAUAAACAUGGAGCUGAGGACUCUACUGCUGUGUCAAUCAUGGAAGGUAUCAGUGCAUCUAUAUCUCUCUGUGCUUACGAUAAUAACUGCUUAAGAAGUCUUUACUUAUGAUGUUUCUCCUCACCUUCCUCAUGUCAGAUGAAUCUGUAACAGGAGCGAAGAUUCCUGUAUUGACUGCUGUGAUAACAGUCUCUGUCUGUGGACUACUGGGUCUCUUCUGUGGGGUAUUCUGGCUGAGCAAGAAAUGCAAGAAAGAGAUGUUGGCACAAGGAAGGAAUGAACAGGAUGCCAUUGAUUCUGUUGGCAAUAAACAGAACCCUAACAUCAUCCAGAUGAGUUCGGCUGGCCAGAGCCUGAACCCCAACACCAUCCAACCUGAUGCAGAUUAUCAGAACGUGAACCCCAACACCACCCAACCUGAUGCAGUUUACCAGAGCCUGAACCCCAACACCACCCAACCUGAUGCAGUUUACCAGAGACUGAACCCCAACACCACCCAACCUGAUGCAGAUUACCAGAGCCUGGAUCCCAACACCACCCAACCUGAGGCAGUUUAUCAGAGCCUGAACCUCAACACCACCCAACCUGAUGCAGUUUACCAGAGCCUGAACCCCAACACCACCCAACCUGAUACAGUUUACCAGAGCCUGAACCCCAACACCACCCAACCUGAUACAGUUUAUCAGAGCCUGAACCCCAACACCACCCAACCUGAUGCAGUUUACCAAACCCUAAUGCCAAAUACCUCUUAAUCUCAUUCUGUCAUUCUCAUCCACACAUGCAGAAAAUUCAUGAGCUCAGUCCUGAAUCAUGACUGCACCCAUUUUGUU